UACAUGUAGCGGGCGCAAAUGGCUGACCACAACUACAACUGUUCACAUGUCUUACUACUACUACUAGGUCUUACAUGUUACAUUAGAAAGUUACACACCCUGAAGUGCAAGAAGGAUCCUUAUUAGAAAUCAGUACACACUGAACAAGAGGAGGUCUUUGUGCAAAGAUAGCAACUUCGACAAAAUGGCAGAAGAAGACGUGGUUGAGAGCUUUGAAAUUAAUGACUACGAUCUCGAAAAUGAGUUCAACCCUGACCGGCCUCAAUUUCGCAUGUCUAAGGAGCAACAAACAUAUGGCAUCUGGGCACAGGAAGGGUCUAGUGACGAAGACAGACCAAAUCAUGGCAGGAAGAAAUCAAAGAAGAAUUAUGUAGCACCAGUCGAUUUCAUCAGUGGUGGCGUCAAACAGUCAGAUGGGAAAAUUAGCAAAAAUGAAGAGGAUGAAGAUUUGGAUGAUGACGAUGAAGAGGUGCUGCAUAGGAUAGGGCUUGGCAGAAAGAAGCACCCCAUGCAAUCCAAAAGUGGUAGGCGAGGAAAGGAAGUCAGUGCUAGCAGAUCUGGAAGUUACAGGUCUCAUCAACAGCGUGACCAAGAAUUCGGAAGCUGGGAAAAACACACGAAAGGAAUCGGAGCAAAGCUGCUACUGCAGAUGGGAUACGAGCCAGGCAAGGGUAUCGGCAAGAACAAACAGGGCAUCGUGACACCAGUGGAAGCUGUCGUACGCAAAGGCAAGGGGGCAAUAGGAGCUUAUGGUCCAGAGAGAAGCAGAAAGGCCAAGAUUAGUCAGGAGGAAGGAGACGACCAGGAGGGUGGUAUAGGGGAAACUCGUCAGUGGAAGAAACAAGCUGGUAAGAAGAAAGCAAACUACAAAUAUAAGACUAUAGAGGAGCUACAGGCAUCUUCUGACAGGACAAGCAAGAAAAAACCAAGGAGUGAGUUGAGCCAGGUGAAAGUGAUUGACUUGACUGGGAGAGAGCAGCGAGUCCUACACGGCUAUGAUGCAUUGGGGCGGAAGCACGACAAACCUGACGUGGAAGAAGAACUACAGGCAACGAGUGCUGAGAGGGCUUUUGAGCUUCCUGAACUCCUGCACAAUCUCAGUACCCUCGUGUCAAUGUCAGAGCAGGACAUUCUGGAGAACGACCGAGAGCUGAGAUACGAGCGGGACACUGUGGUGAAUGUCACAUAUGAGGAGGAGAAGCUGUCCACUCUCAUCGAGCAAGAAGCCCAGCAGCUGAAGCGGCUGAGCGAGAUUGUAGACUUUGUAGAAAGCCUGGAGACGAGAACACAAGAGGGCGCCACCGAUCCGUUGACCCUUACUGAGUGCGCAGACAUGUUCCGGACGUUUCAGGAGCAGUUCUUUGAGGAGUACAAGAUGUAUGACUUAUCAUCCUUGGCUGUGGCCAUUGUCUAUCCACUGGUGAAGAAGUUUUUAGUGGACUGGGACCCAUUGGCAGACAGCACAAUGGGAUUGGAGGUUUUCAAGCACUGGAAAGAUAUUCUUGAGGAUGGCAACAGACUGUUUGGGCAAAGUUUGGAGAACAUGGAUAGCUAUCAGCAGCUGGUUUGGGAGAUAUGGAUGCCUAUUAUCAGGACCAGUGUCAUGCGGUGGCAGGUUAGGGAGCCUGAGCCACUAAUUGAGCUCGUGGAAAACUGGAUGCCUCUGUUACCCACGUGGAUUCUGCACAAUGUGUUGGAUCAGCUCGUUAUGCCACGUCUGCACGCCGAAGUGACGAGCUGGAAUCCACUCACCGACACGAUGCCCAUACACGCCUGGUUGCACCCGUGGCUCCCUCUGAUGGGUAAGAGACUGGAGCCACUGUAUGCACCCCUCAGAAACAAGCUUUCAAACUGCCUCACAAACUGGCAUCCUAGCGACCCAUCUGCUCGGCUGAUGAUCCAACCCUGGGUGAAGGUGUUCUCUCGCGGGACCAUGGAUGCAUUCCUGAUGCGGUGCAUUGUGCCAAAGUUGCAACUUGUAAUGCAGGAAUUCGUUAUAAACCCACACCAGCAACAUCUAGAUGGUUGGAACUGGGUAAUGUCGUGGCAGGACCUUCUUCCCAGCUCAUGCAUUGUCAACGUUCUGGAAAAGCACUUCUUUUCAAAAUGGCUUCAGGUACUGUGUUCGUGGUUGAACAGCAAUCCAAACUACGAAGAAGUAACCAAAUGGUACAUGGGCUGGAAGCGUAUGUUUAGUGAGCGCCUCUUGAAUGAUCCGAUCAUAAAAGAAAACAUUAACCGUGCAUUGGACAUCAUGAACCGAUCCGUGACAUCACCAGGUCUGGCCGCUUACCAGCCAGGUGCCAGAGAGAACAUAGCCUACCUGUACCAAACAGAGAAAUUGGAGGCAAAUGCUUCUGGCAAGAAGAAAACUGAAUACGAGGCUAUCAUGAGCAGCUCAUCACUCUCAAGUUCCGUGGCACCCUCUAGCUUCAGGGAUAUUGUUGAGCGUCGUGCAGAGGAGAGCGGUAUAUUGAUGAUGCCGAUUCCAAACAAGACGCAGGAGGGAAAACCAGUGUACAGAUUUGGCAAUGUGCAGAUGUACAUAGACAAGAACGUGCUGUUUGUGAAUGAAGAUGGGCGCUGGGGCCCACGGUCCCUAAGCAGACUGAUCGAACUGGCUACCAUGCCACCAGUGUAGUGCAGGCCCAAGGGUCAUGCAAACACUCUACUACCGGUGUAACUCGGGCCUAAGGACCAUGUUACCAGUCUGCCACCAGCGUGGCGCGGGCCCGGGGAGCGUGCGACCAGUCUGCCACCAGCGUGGCGCGGGCCUAGGGAGCAUGCGACCAGUCUGCCAGCUACGCACCGUCGAUUUGGGAAGUUCAAAACGUCCUGGCACUAGUUCAGCAACAGCAAUCUCACCUACGUGACGACUGCCUGUCUCAGUGUGUAAAUAGCCCCGCAGCCUUCUACCUACCUGUGUAGUGCAGAAUUGACAAUCGUACGCCAUCUACAACCCUCCGACUGGUGAAUCACUCACUGAGCGUUAAGGGUCUACGUUGUAAACUGUUUAAUGCUCGUCGUCGUUUAUGUCAACAAAUGAUGCCUUUUCAGUCGGUUGCAUUUGCCAUUUUCUGGUUUAUUUUUUAACCAUUAAUGGAUACAUGCCUGCUUUCAAGGUUUAUCCUAUAAUAAGUAGGUACGUGUGAUCCACGGGGUGGAUAAGCUGUGCUUGAUUGAUUUUAUUAAUGUCAUUUAAAUAUGCAAUGACUUUGCAUAUAAGGUUUCUACACCUUCUGUAAGCUUCAUACAUAUAAUACAUAAGUCUUAUUAGCUAAGUCACGUCCCCUGUUGGAUUGCUUCUAAAUGGUUCAUACCCUCUCAUCGUGCAACAUACAAAACUGUUCUGUGUAAUAAAUAAAAUCAAAACACA